AUGGCGACUACAGGUGCCCAGUUUGGCGAGGACGCCGCGAGAAGGAGAGCAGUGGCUCCGGAUCUCAAUGGACCUCCAAUAGUUGUAACUGAUGCUGAAGAUAGGAAGAAGGAGCUUAAGCCUGUUAGACAAGCUGGAGGGAUCGAUAUUGAGCCUAUAUUAGCUCCAUUAUUGUUCACAAUCUUGUCGUUUUUCACAAGGCUGUAUAAAAUUGGACUUUCUGACGUAGUUACGUGGGAUGAAGCUCAUUUUGGAAAAUUCGGCUCUCAUUAUCUGAAGCGUGAAUUCUACUUCGAUGUGCAUCCUCCCCUAGGAAAGAUGCUUGUUGGCCUCUCAGGGUACCUUGCAGGUUACAAUGGUUCCUUUGAGUUCAAGUCUGGAGAUCACUACCCGGCGGAUGUCAACUUCACUUUCAUGAGGGUUUUCAACGCUGCAUUCGGCGCACUCUGUGUUCCGCUUGCGUACUACACUGCGAAGGAAUUCAGGUUCUCAACUAAGGCGACGUGGUUGGUUACAUUGAUGGUACUAUGUGAAAACUCGUACACUACCAUUAGUAGGUUUAUCUUGCUCGACUCCAUGCUCUUGUUUUUUACCUUCACGACUAUGCUCUGCUUCGCGCGGUUCCACAAUCUCCAAAGCCGAUCGUUUUCGUUCCAAUGGUGGCUCUGGAUUGUCUUGACCGGAUUGUCGAUUGGAUGUGUGUGCAGUGUCAAAUGGGUCGGAUUAUUUGUUACCACUUUGGUUGGGUUAUACACUAUUGAGGAUCUCUGGAAUAAGUUUGGAGAUCUUAAGAUGCCGAAGAUCACCUAUGCGCAACAUUGGAUCGCCCGUGUCAUCGGUCUCAUCGUAAUCCCGACCAUGGUUUACAUGGCCAGUUUCUGGGUCCACUUCCUCAUCCUAGAGAAUUCCGGUCCCGGUGAUGCCCAGAUGAGCUCACUCUUCCAGGCCAAUCUUAGAGGCUCAGAAAUCAAAGAAUCCCCUCUUGAAAUUGUUAUGGGGUCUCGUGUGACCAUCAAGAAUAUGGGUUAUGGUGGUGGUCUUCUUCACUCUCACGUUCAGACAUAUCCCGAGGGUUCAACACAGCAGCAGGUGACCUGCUAUCACCAUAAGGACUCCAAUAAUGACUGGUUUUUCAACCCUGCCCGUAACCAACCAGACUAUAACCCGGAAGACCCCGUUCUUCGAUAUGUCGGCAAUGGUGACGUCAUCCGUCUCAUCCACGCACAGACUGGUAGAAACCUUCACUCUCACACUGUGCAGGCACCCAUUACCAAAGCAGACAACGAGGUAUCAUGUUAUGGAAAUAUGACCGUUGGUGAUGACAAGGAUCACUGGACUGUCGAGGUUGUCAACGACGCCGCAAGCAAGGACCACAGCAAGAUCAGGACUCUCACCACAGCAUUCCGUCUUAAACACAGCAGUCUCGGGUGUUACCUCCGUGCCGGAAAUGUGAACCUCCCACAGUGGGGUUUCAAGCAGAUUGAAGUCACCUGUGUCAAGAAGAAUAAUCCCCGUGAUGUGUUUACUCACUGGAACGUUGAAUCUCACUGGAACGAAAAGCUCCCCAAGGCUGAUGUCGGUGCCUACAAGUCGCCUUUCCUCCGUGACUUUGUUCACUUAAACGUUGCCAUGAUGACUUCAAACAAUGCUCUUGUUCCUGACCCAGACAAGCAAGACGACCUCGCAUCCCAGUACUGGCAAUGGCCUAUUCUCCAUGUUGGGCUGAGGAUGUGCAGUUGGGAUGAUGGCAUUGUCAAAUACUUUCUCCUUGGCAAUCCAAUGGUUUACUGGGGUUCUACCGCCUCCCUAGGUGCUCUUGUCUUGAUGGUAUUGUUUUAUCUUGUCCGAUGGCAGCGCGGUUAUGCCGAUCUUGACCAAGCCGGUAUUGACCAUAUCCACUACGCUGGACUUUACCCGGUUAUUGGUUGGGUUCUCCACUACCUACCCUUCAUUGCUAUGGCCCGUGUCACCUACGUCCACCACUACUACCCAGCACUCUACUUUGCUAUCUUGGUCUUUGGCUUCGUAUUCAACCACGUCUGUUGCAAAUUGCCAAAGGUGGCAGCUCUUUCGGCAUAUGCGGUUGCCUACUCGCUUGUUAUUGGCGUAUAUGUUUUGUUUCUCCCCAUUUCAUGGGGUAUGGAGGGAGCAGCGAGUCAAUACAGCUACCUGAAGUGGAGUGAUAACUGGAGAAUCUAUUAA